CUUUCCACGCAUCAUCACAUCAUCCACUGCUCUGCUUCUCCUCUUCUUUUCUUGGCUUGUGCUCUGUUUUAAUUUCUUUGCAAUGAUGGGGAGGCAGAGCUCGUCGGCGGCGAGGAGGGUGGUGGUGGUGGUGUGCGCGGCGAUGGUGGUGGCGGCGGCGGCGGCGCAGAAGUACAAUGCGGUGUACAACUUCGGGGACUCGAUCACGGACACCGGCAACCUGUGCACCAAUGGCAGGCCGUCGCAGAUCACCUUCACCCAGCCUCCCUACGGCGAGACCUACUUCGGCUCCCCUACCUGCCGCUGCUGCGACGGCCGCGUCGUCGUCGACUUCCUCGCGAGUAAGUUCGGGCUGCCGUUCCUGCCGCCGUCGAAGUCGACGAGCGCCGACUUCAAGAAGGGAGCGAACAUGGCGAUCACCGGAGCCACCGCCAUGGACGCCAACUUCUUCCGCUCCCUCGGCCUCUCCGACAAGAUCUGGAACAACGGCCCCAUCAGCUUUCAAAUCCAGUGGUUCCAGCAAAUCUCCUCCUCCGUCUGCGGCCAGAAUUGCAAGAGCUACCUGGCGAACUCGCUGUUCGUGUUCGGGGAGUUCGGCGGCAACGACUACAAUGCGAUGCUGUUCGGAGGGUACAGCGCGGACCAGGCGAGCACGUACACGUCGCAGAUCGUGGACACCAUCUCCAACGGCGUCGAGAAGCUCAUCGCCAUGGGCGCCGUCGACGUCGUCGUCCCCGGCGUGCUCCCCAUCGGCUGCUUCCCCAUCUACCUCACCAUCUACGGCACCUCCUCCAGCUCCGACUACGACAGCCUCGGCUGCCUCAAGAAGUUCAACGACCUCUCCACCAACCACAACAAUCAGCUCAAGACCAAGAUCUCCGCGCUCCAAUCCAAGUACAAGUCCGCCCGCAUCAUGUACGCCGACUUCUACUCCGGCGUCUACGACAUGGUCCGCAACCCCGGCAACUACGGAUUUAGCACGGUGUUCGAGACGUGCUGCGGGUCAGGCGGCGGCAAGUUCAACUACAACAACAACGCGAGGUGUGGGAUGUCAGGCGCAUCAGCGUGCUCCAACCCGGCGUCGCAUCUUAGCUGGGACGGCAUCCACCUCACCGAGGCAGCUUACAAGCAGAUCACUGACGGCUGGCUCAACGGCCCGUACUGUAGCCCGGCCAUCCUCCACAGCUAAGGCAAAAUGACUGGAAAGAACGAGCCAUUAGUUAAUUUAUUACUUUAUUAUUAAGGCUGGUGUUUAUUAAUUAAGCGGGAAUUAAUUAAAGGGGAAUUGUUUGGGUUCUUGAUUUUUAUUUGGGUGGCAUAUAUGGUGGGUGGUGUGACGGUGAAAUGGUUUACUUGCGUUGCCAAAAAAGCAAAGAAAGCGAUGGCAUCUGUAGAAUAAAUGUUGGUUACUGUUGUAAUUUGAUAAUUGUUUCUCUUCCAGAAUCAAAUGAAUCAUCAAUGGUAUUAUACUCAGUUAUUUUUUUU